AAGAUCAGAACGCCAGAUACGAAUUAGGAUAUAGCCAAAGGAGAAGAUAUAGGAUAUAGGAUCAAAGGGAACAUACUCCCUCGUUACAAGCUCCAUACGGACUUCGAAGACGGCUUUUGACAUAGCCUUUACUCGACUCCAUACUACUAGCUACCAGCUACUGAACUCGACUCCCACACUCGACCUCGACCUCGACCUCAGUCGUGACUUUGGGCCGUACAGAAGCCUUAUCUAUACACAACACCUCUUUUUCGAUAAGAUAACAUGGACAGCUGGACGAUUCUUUUUAGGUCAUCGUAAUCAACUCCCCCGCAUAACGCAAACGCAUCAGGAAAGAGAGGGGUUUGGGUUUGGGUUUCAAUCUCGAUUCCUAAAGCAGGGUUUAUAUCACUCGUACACUCGUACCCGAUCGUCAAAGGCAUUCAAGUACACCGAAAACGAAAGACCUGAAUCAUGGUCGGCCACAAUAACAACAACAACAACGAUAACGGGAGACUACCCCAUGCUAUCACCUCGUAUUUCGAUAUCCCGCUCGGUUCUUCCUCCUCUACUGCCUCGGAGUCUAACACCAACACCAAUACGACCACGACCACUACGGCUGAUACGAGCGCCAACCCGAGUACCGCCCAUACCCCUUACACUGCCGACUCUGCAUCCACGUCUACGGUCUUGAAAACACAACCUCGACUACAAGGCCCACUACGUUCUCCACCCCCUUCAGUACCCUAUUCUCCGGCGUUUAGCGAACCGAGAUCCCGAGCGUCUGGUUCGGGUUCGAGAGGCGGAGCUGGGAUGGGGAGGGGGGUUUAUACGCCAGCGUUCUCUGAUGAUGAGGUGGAUGUCGAGGAUGAGGAUGAAGAUAUCUCCGGAGGAGGUGGUGGUAUAGGUACAGGUACGGGUUCGGGUGUAGGCGGGGUGAAACGGGUGAGGAGUAGGAGUUUUAGACGAAGGGCUAGGUUGGCAGCAGGAUCAGGGUCGUCGGGAGGGUCGGCAGGGAAAUCAGCGAAGGGGAAUGUUAGGGGGAAUACUAGUACUAGGGGACUGGGCUUGGGGAUGACGGGGAUCGUACCGCCGAGUACGAAGACGAAUAUGAAACUGUGGGGGGUUAGUAAGUGGAAAGGCGGGAGAGCUAUACAAGGUGCCGGGGAGGAAGAAGACGAGUACAAAGACGAGAAGGACGGGCAAGAACAAGGACAAGAGUCAGCUACUCCGACCUUCGGAUCACACAUCGUCGUAGAAGAAGGAGCGCUACUCUUGACCACCUCGGCGGCGUGGGAAGAAGCUUUCCACCCCACGCUCGGCUUGAUGAGGCGUGAUCGGGGUGGACAGCGGGUCGAACUGGAUGGGAUCUUGCCGGAUGAGAGGUUGAGGACGAUCGGGGAUGAUGUCGAGUGGUUGGUACUCGAUCUGCGUUUCGUCAUGGGUUCGGAAGAGUACAAGGACGAACAGGCUCUGUUGGGCGGUGGUGGGAGUGCAGAUGCUACGGGUGCGACCUCGAGGCCGGGGUUGUCGACCCUGACGCACAGGUCGAAUUCGUUGCUCGCCACGCAUUCGCACUCGCACUCGAACGUACGGAGUACAUCGACAGGGUCAACCUCGGCCUCGGAAACGUCGUCUCGGACGCUCAACCCGGCUUGUUUGCCCAAAGUGCACAAGUUGACGUUCUUGGGUUCGGAAUAUGCCGAGACCAUGUCCGUCUCACGGGCGGCCGAGGUCAGGAGCAUCGUACAGGUGUUAAAGGGGUUGUUGGCCGUCGAGUGGUUGCCGUCAAAUGACGAUCCGAUGGCGGGCGACAAUUCGAGCUCGUUCUCCCCCGCUCCAUUCACACCGUCCGGUUCGACACGCGGUAAUCAGUACGCAGGGACGACAGUGACGUUCCCGACGUGUCUCGUCCCGCAAGACCUGAUCGAGGCGGGGAAACGGUGGAACGUCAACUGGAAUAGGCGGCCAGAGGGGGACGACGUGUUCGCCAACGAGGGCAUCGAGGGCGAGCAGCAGGAAGACGACGAUGGGGUGUCGACCGUACGGCGAUCUGAACAGAGAGAUAAUGUCGUACCCUUUCCCCGAGCUGGGGUCGAGCCGGAACAAACAGACUCGAUCGAAGCGGACGACACGUAUCGACAGUCCGGCCAUCGGUUUUAUAGCAACGUCAGCGAGCAACAUCGGCAGGACGUUGGGACGUUGAGUCAGGUGGCCAUCAGUCCGUUGCAGUGGUUGGGCGGGUUGAGGUGUCUCAAGGUGCAAGGCGGAUUUCCCGUCCCGCAACCGGACGAGAGUUUGGGGCUGGUCAAGCCCGAUUACUCGUUCGCUUUCAAGACUUGGAUCGGAGAGAAUGGCGUCGAGACCCUCGUCUGGAGUUUCAAGGGCUCUUACACCGAGACGACGACCCUCACUAUACUCAAGCACCUGUUCAAGUUCAUCACCAACCGCUGGAUCGAGGUCGGCAAGGCGUCGUCGCCGGAUCUGCGACCUGCCUGCUCACUCCUCGUCUUGCAAUCUGUCAACCCGGCCGUCGUGGCCAAGCUCCGCAACGCUACCGACCAACUCACCCGUCGUCGAGUCGGUCUACGUAUCGAUGAUGACGUCCCGUUCCACGCGUUCGAGUGGCUCCGCGACGUCGUCUUUCUCGAGGACAAGGUGAUGAUAGAAGAGGAAGACCGGGAGGUGCCUAAAGUCACCCGUCUUUGGGACACGGAGAACGAGGAAGAGAACGUACAGCUCGACAUGGAUCAGGUCAGAGCGAUCGUCAGGCUCAAGGCCGAAGUCCUCGCCCAUGCACGAGCUGGAAGGGGCGCUAAACCUCGUCCGGUGAGGAGUAAACGGGGUCAACCGACGAAGCCGCCACGAGACUCGGGCGCUUUCCGAGAACGCAAGGGUGAUCUUCGUCUCGAUCUGUCGGAGCGCGCUCAAGAUGAAGGUGAUCGUGCCGUACCGGAUGGUCCUCGAGAGGACGUCUCGUCGCCGCCCAAGACCGCCUCGACCAUCAGGCCGCUGUAUAGGCAAUUCCCCCUCAGCAAGGGUAAUCCGCCGAACACGGCCAGCCCGGGCAUGUCCCGCAAUUCUUCCUACACCAGCGCGCCCUCGGUCUCCGAUUCGAUCGCUUCGCUCGGCAGCUCGGCCAGCUUGGGUACCAUCGCCGACGAUCAGCUGACACUCAGUCCUCGAGUCGCCACUGGCGAGAAUGCUGCUACACUCGCCGGGGACGAAGAGGACGAGGAUGACAUGUGUCCCACCAUCCGGGUCGAUCGUGUCGGUUCCAUCAAGUCGCCAUUAUCGUGACACCUUUACAACACUACCGCAUGUUGUGACGUCUUUACAAAUGGAUACGACAACUUUACGCCGACGAGUACCGUUACGACCAGCCUGCAUAUUUGU